GACUUUAAACUGUUUCCAGGAUCUUUUUUUUUUUUUUUUUUUAAAUUCUGUGUGCUACUUUCUAGCUGCUAUGCCCGACAGAAUAUGUUUCCCUACGUGGGGAGCGCGCAGCGGGCAGCGAGAGCAAAUCCAAAUAACUCCGCCUGAGAACCAUGUAGACCUUAAAGUAGUGAUGUUUUACUUUUAUUUCUUUACAUUACUUUUCAGUUUGUGGGUUACGACAGAAAAUGACCCAGGAUUAUUUAAAUAAAUCGAGGACAUUUUACCUGAUAAUUAUUUUUAUCAUCCUGUAACUUUACCUCCAAACCUCCAAAAUUCCAGCAGUAAUAAUUCAUUACAAGAAGUGUUUGUCAACUAAAAAUGAAGAACGAGGCAUACUGUUUGUCCAUGAUUUGGACGGCCCAGUGUGCACUCACGACGCAGGGGAAACCUACCUGGGUGCAACACCUGCAAACUUGAAGCAAAAGUGACGUCUGGUUGAAGCUGGUCUCGAUAAAAAAAAAAUGAACCGUAGAAGAACACAUGGUGGCGCUGUUUCCCGCUGAAGUGUGUAGCUGGGAGGUGGCAGAAUGUUGGGCGGUGCUAAUUACAGGCCAUAAAGAAGAAAGUUUAGAGCUCAGUUAUCACUCGUCGUGGCCUCAGGUGUCUUCGACUGAGAUUUUAGGUUUUGUUGAGCCUGUUAGUGCAGAGAGAUCAUGGCCAGGCUGAACCUGCUCCAUCAUGCACUCUUCUGGACUCUGAUGUGUCUCUUUUUUCUACGUUCUGCCUCUAAAGAGAUAAACAGCACAGCUGGACAGAACAUCACUCUGACAUGUCGAGCUCCAAACAACAACAACAACAUCAUAGUUGUAGAGUGGAGCAGAGCUGACCUGAAGGAAGAAUAUGUCCUUAUGUACCGGGACGGUCACUUAUAUGCAGAUGGUCAGCAUCCAUCUUUUAAGAACCGGGUGGAUCUGCAGGACAGACAGAUGAAGGAUGGAGACGUGUCUCUGAUUCUGAAGGAUGUGACGAUUAAUGACACUGGAACAUACGAGUGUCGUGUCGUCAAGAGAGGAAACAACCGUGGGAAAAGAGCUGUUUUGAAGAGCAAUCCCAUCAGCAUCAUCUCCCUGAGUGUUGUUGAUCCUCCAGGUCAGACAGGAGGACACACAGAGGAUGGAGGGAAGGAGGAUGGAGGGAAGGAGGAUGGAGGGAAGGAGGCAGGAGUCAGUAGAGGACAUUUUGGGCUGAUAGCUGGUCUGAUUUUUGUUGCUGCUGUUGUUGGUUUUUUGAUCUACAGAGCACAUCAACAACAGAAUCAAGAUUAAUUCCGGCCUCCAGGUGAAAAGCAGCCUUGUUGUUACCACUGAAGUGGCUCUCAUACUUGACAUCAGUCUCACUCAUGUAACCUUGAAUUUUGAUGAUACGUUCAUCUCUAGCUGGGAGCUUUGUCAUCUGUUUUGUUUUUAGGUGAUGAGGCAGAAAAUUUCAAAUCAGUUUCCUAUUUCAGUCCUAAAAUCAGUGAAUUGUGACCCUAUGAUUAAAUGAAUGAGUUAUUUCUGUCAGAUUCUAUUAUUGUCUAAUUUCAGAGGUUAAACUGAGGUCCACAAGUGACUGAUGUGAUUGUGGAGCACUCUGACAGAACUUGAGCCAUUGUGUAUUUAUUUAUAACCAUAUAGAUAUGUAUUUAGUCAGAAAAGCAGACAUUUCUUCUCAGCUAUUGUCAAGUGUUUAGUCUUCCUUUACUUUGUACUGUACUUUACUCUGAAGUGCCCUGAGCUGUCGUGGUUCUCAGUAUGGAGAAGCAGGUAUAAGGGCUUCCUGGGUCCCACAGGAAAAAAAAAAAAAUAAACAAAUUAAAUUGCUACACAUUUUCAUAGAAUAACAUUUUAAGAUUUUGAAAAUAAAAUAUGUAUUUUUAUGAUAUAAAAUUUUAAUUUAAGAGUCAAAUGGAGA